AUGAGCUUCUGGCUACCCAGCGGCUUGGCCAGUACGCCACCACCAAUGGAUAUCAGUGAUAUUGAUAAAUAUGAUGCAACGGAUGAAGACUCCAAGGAAGUGAAUGGUGCUCGUUCUAACGAAAUUUAUGAACAUACUGAAGAAACUGAUGAUGAUGAAGAAGAAGACCCUGAUUUUAAUGAGAUCCAAAAUCUUAUCUCACCAAGCAUUAACGGGACAAAAGAGGACUUAUUACAUAAAGUUUUUGAGCUGCUUGACAAUGUUGAUAGCGAAAAUGUACUGCAUGAGCUGGAGCAAGCCAUUAAUGAUGCAUUUAAUUCUAUCGAAACUUCGAAGUGGUACUGCGAGUCUGGGAACACAGCAACGGCAAAGAAAACAAAUCAAUUCUUUACUGGCACGCUCAUACAUCCUGAAAUUGUCUUGAGCGUAGCUGCCUAUGUGAAUAAGAAAACACCCGAAGACUAUAGAGUAGUAGCAGGCGACUGGGAUGAAAAGACGACAGAUGAAAUUUUGGCAAAUGAAGAGCUUAGGGUCAAAACUAUACAAGUGCACCCGGCGUUUGACCAUAAUAGCUAUGCUAAUAACGUAGCACUGCUCUUCUUGAAUGGCCACUUUACGCUUAUGUCACACAUCUUGCCUAUAGCCUUGCCUAAGCCACCCGGCAAGCUGCAUCGCCACUGCCUUGUAUCUGGCUGGAACCAAAAGGGCAGGUCGUAUGAACGUAAUUUGAAGGUUAGCAUGCCCUUGAGCGUUGCACCUUGCUCUAAAGAAGUUCAAAGUCUUUACUGUGUGAAUGCUGCAAAGAAGGAUCUACAAUAUGCAGAAGGAGCGGGCAUGGCUUGCAAGGUGGAUGACUUUGCAAAUGAGUAUUAUUUGAUUGGUGUCUGGAGUCAUGGCCUUGGCGCUUCAGUCAGUAAAACUAAGUUUGUCAGUGUUGAGGCCGUGUUGCCUUGGAUUAAGGCAGAACAGAAGAAUUAUAGUGAAAAACAAAAUAAUAUCAAUGUGCCUUAA